CCGGCCCAGCCAUUUAAACUGUUUCCAAUGUUUGGACAGUGCGCAUGUUGAGUGAUAACAACGUCAAUUAGUAGUGAAUUACGAGAAAACAAGAUGGCGCCCAAAGACACGAGUUAUAUAGAGUGGGCACAUCAAACAGCAGCUGAGAAAAAAACUCACGUUAGUUUCCCGCAAUUGAAGUACCCUUCGUUGAGAGAUGGCGGAUUCCGGGAUCCCGUACAAUGGUUAGAAGGAAAGGCCAUGGACGAUGGAGCAGAAGGUUUAUGGAGAGUACGUGAUGGGCUUUUUGAUUUCAACGACUUUCUAGAUAAGCAUCCCGGCGGCUCCGAGUGGCUUGAGCUAUCUAAGGGAACAGACAUAACAGAGGCUUUUGAGACUCAUCACUUGAACCCAGUCGUAGAAAAAAUGUUAGAAAAGUAUUAUGUGAGAGACGCUAAGACUCCCAGGAAUUCUCCUUUCACUUUUGAGGAGGACGGAUUUUACAAAACAUUGAAACGUGCUGUGAGGAAAGAAAUAGAGAAAAUUCCAGCAAGUGAGCGAAGGAAGCCAAAUUAUAUUAUUGACGGUCUUUUUGCAACGACAUUGAUAUCGUCUGUUAUAUCAUGUUGGGCUGCCAACUAUUGGGUUGUGAUGAUUUCCUACUUGGUGGCGUCUCUAAGCCUUGCAUGGACUUGCAUUGCGUCACAUAGUUACAUCCAUAUAAGAUCAAAUUGGAGGAUGUAUCUUUUUAAUUUAACCUUAUGGUCUUACAGAGACUUCAGAGUAUCCCAUGCACUUUCUCACCAUCUUUAUCCGAACACUCUUAUGGAUCUAGAAGUGAGUGCUUUCGAACCAAUAGUGUUCUGGAAUCCAAGGAAGAAGCCUAUAUACUCGUAUCUUACCAUCGUAAUCGAAUGUAUUUUCUUCCCAUUCUCGACGACUUUGAAUUUCUUGAAAAGAUUCGUCAGUAAUUUCAUCCGUAAAGACUUCUUCAAACGCCACUACAGAUGGCACGACGGUGUUGGCUUUCUUCUCCCCAUUUUUAUGUACAUCGUCAGUGGUUCCACCUUCUACCAUGCCGUCACCUCUUGGAUGUGGAUCGUUUGUACUGGCAGCUUCAUCUUCAUGAGUAUUGGGUCCAACGCUGCUCAUCACCAUCCUAAGAUCUUCAAAGAUGGCGACCAACUCAGGGAGAAAACUGUCGAUUGGGGCAUGCAUGAGCUCGAAGCUGUGAUGGAUCGUAAGGACAUCAAUGGAAGCCUCUUCACUUCAAUGACCUUCUUUGGCGACCAUGCACUGCAUCAUCUCUUCCCGACGUUAGAUCAAGUUGUCUUAAGAAAUCUGUAUCCAGUUUUCUUAGAGCAUUGUAAAAAGUUUAGAGCUAAUUUCAGAUUGACGUCGUCAUUCGAUCUUUUUAUUGGACAAAUGCAAAUGGCUGUUAAAGAAAAUCCUACUUUGCUGGAUGAGAAUCAGUAAAACCAUGUAAAAAUGUUAUUAUUAUUUUUACUUAAUUCUGAGUGUAAUAUUAUGGUGCAGCAAAACUUGGAUUGUUACUCUCAGGUAAAAUUAUAUUAUUUUAAUAAAUAAGUUAUGAUAUA